GGGAGCGACGGUGGCGCAAGCGGCGCGGAGCGAGCGCUGCCUGCCCGGGUCUCCUGCUGCGUGGCUGCCUGCGUGCUCCCGACCCGGCCGUCCGAGCCAGCCCGCGGGCCGCGCGCGCUUCCGAGCGGCCGGAGGAGUCCAUGGUGCAGAACUUAGCGGCGGACUGANGGAGACCGGGCCUCCUGCGCUGGCGCGGCCGCCGGACCUCGGCCUGAGGAAACUCUUUCACAAGGAGAGAUGAAGAAGAAAUCUGUAUAUAAUCAGAAUGUGGGUGAUCAGGAGUGUGAAGAUAUGGAAGGUGAAGAAAACAGAAAUAAUGCUGAUACCUCUGGCUUACUGUACAGUGAAGCAGACAGAUGUCCAAUAUGUCUAAGUUGCCUGUUAGGGAAGGAAGUUGGUUUUCCAGAAAGUUGUAAUCAUGUCUUCUGUAUGGCCUGUAUUCUUAAAUGGGCAGAGAUACUGGCUUCUUGUCCAAUUGAUCGGAAACCUUUUCAGGCCGUGUUUGAACUCAGUGCAUUUGAAGGUUGUGCUAAGAUUCAAGUAGAAAGACGGUUGAGAGCAAUAGAUGACAAGGAAAAUGAAAGGUCUUUUAAGAAACAACUCCUUUAUCAUGAAAGUUCCAAAGGCAACAAGAGAAAAAGAAACACCGUGAGAGAGGAUCUAUUAUGUGAAAGAGCUGAUGGCUUGAAGGUGUUGCAUAGAAACAUUUCCAACAAAAUGGAUGGAAAGAAAAAUGCUAUAGUAAAGACAAAUAAGGUUCAAAGAUCAAAUCAGUGUACAGAUUCUUGUAUCAGAAAUGACAUGUCCAGUGCGUUUUUAUGUGGCAGCCACAGUUGNGGACCUUGCACCUAUAGAGCUUCCUGUACAGAAUCUAUAGAAGUCAAUGAAAUCAGUGCAGUGAUUAGACAAAAGCGACAGGAACUGGAGUUGUCAUGGUUUCCUAAUACAUUACCUGGAAAUGGAAGAGUUGGCUCCGUACCCUGGAGUGCAGAAACAGUCCUCCUCUCUCUGGCUUCCUCAGGGUUGCCAAGGACGGUUUUCCCAGCAAGUACUACAUCACUGGAGCAUUUUGGUACUUCUCAUAAGGGAUAUGCAUUAGCACAUGCUCAGGGAGGAGGAGAAAAAAAGCAAGCUUCAGGCACAUCAAACACCCGAGGAUCAAGACGGAAACCUGCAGCAACUGCUCCUACAAGGAGGUCCACACGAAACAUGCGAGCUGAGACAGUCAGUCAGUCCCAGAAGUCCCCAGUGUCAAACUAUUCUGAGUGUGAUGCCCCAGGGAAUAGUAAUUCCUCUGUAAGUAUUUCCCCUCCAGCUGAAUCAGAAAAGCAAGCAAGACAGGCUCCGAAACGGAAGUCUGUAAGGAGAGGAAGAAAACCACCUUCUUUGAAAAAGAAACUUAGGAAAUCUGUACCUCCCGCUGAAAAAUCAUCUAGCGAUUCAGUAGAGGAAGAAGCUGUGGACUCUGACACUCCACCCGUGUUGGAGAAAGAGCAGCAAUCAUGUGUAGAAAGUGGUAGCAUCUGCUCUGUUCAAACAGAUGAAGAGAAUCAUCUUCAUCUUGAAAGUGAACAAACAGAGGAAAAUGAACAAACCAAGAAUCAUGAGAUUGAGGAGCAAGCAGAAAGUUUAAAUUCUGAAUCUUGCACUCAGUAUCCUCCUGUGCUUGUUGGAGAGGAUACAGGGAUAGAGACCAAGGAGUUAUGUNUAGACCAUGAUAUAUCUCCAGAUACUUCUCUCAGAGGUAGUGAUCCAGUAGAAAAUCAAGAGCAGGUGUCUGGAAGCUCAGAGUCAGAGAUACAGGCACUUGUGUGUACGGAAAUUCCUCCUGAAGAUUUUCUUACAUGUCCACCUUCUGACAUUGAAGAACACCAACCCGUUUCCAGUCCCCUGGGUGAGGUGUCUGAUAACACCACACCAGUGGUUAGUGAUGAAAGAACAGAGGAGAAUCUCAUUGUAGAAAGUACUGAUUUGAACGAUGAAAGAACAGAGGAGAAUCUCAUUGUAGAAAACACUGAGUUGCCUGAGCAUAUUCAAACAGAAAAUACAGAAAUAAUUCCAGCAUGUGAGCAUAUUCAAACAGAAAAUACAGAAGUAAUUGCAGCGUGUAGCACUUCAGGAAAUGAAAAUUCUGAUGCUGUUCAAGAUUGUGAAGAUAACUUAUUAAAACAUAAUCUUGACAACUCCCAAUCGGAUAAAUUCUUAGAAGAAAAGACAGAAUCUUUGGUUGAACAUCCCAUCCAUGCUGAGUUACCUCACAAAGAGGUUGAACAGAGUGAGAAACAUUUCAGUGAAGAUAAUAAUGAAACAGUACCUAUGGAGUGCGAUUCCUUCUGUAGUGACCAGAAUGAGUCUGAAGUAGAGUCAUUGGCAAAUACUGACUCUAAACAAUUGAGUGAAAAUUCUGUGCCACACAGUUCUGACGACAAGCUGUCUUCUGAUCCUGCAAUUGAGAAGGUUGAAACUGUAGCACAACCGGCUGAAAGCUUAGUGGAUAAAGCCCCAAAGCCUNGUACUCGAAGAUCUAGAUUCCAUUCUCCAUCUACAACUUGGUCUCCUAAUAAAGAUGCUGCACAAGAAAAGAGGCGUGCUCAGUCUCCGUCUCCAAAAAGGGAGACUGCAAUAGAAAGUAAGAGUGCUCAGUCACCAUCACCCAAGAGAGAGUCUGCCAGAGGACGGAGAAGAUCCCGUUCUCUCUCACCGAAAAAAGAUGUAGCAAGAGAUAGAAGGCAGUCUCGCUCUCCAAAAAGAGAGAAUGCUAGGGAAGCUAAAAGAUCUGAGUCAGGGUCCCCAAGAAGAGAUACUUCUAGAGAGAACCAGAGGUCUCAAUCCCGAGUGAAAGAUUCUUCCUCAAGAGAAAAAUCGAGGUCCCNGAGCAGAGAAAGAGAAAGUGAUAGAGAAGCUCAGAGGAGAGAGCGAGACAGAGAGAGGAGAGCUAGAAGAUGGUCCCGGUCCAGAUCCCGCUCUCGAUCGCCAUCAAGAUUAAGAACAAAAAGUAAGAGUUCAUCGUUUGGUAGAAAUGAAAGAGAUAAUUACUCUCCUCGGUGGAAGGAAAGAUGGACAAAUGAUGGUUGGAGGUGUCCCAGAGGAAAUGACCGGUACCGGAGGAAUGAUUCAGAGAAACAAAAUGAAAAUACAAGAAAUGAAAAAAAUGACAUCACUGCAGAUACUAAUGAUCCAAGUUCCACAGAUAAGCAUAGAAAUGACUGUCCCAGUUGGGUAACAGAAAAAAUAAACUCUGGGCCAGANCCAAGGACCAGAAAUCCAGAAAAGUUNAAAGAUUCCCACUGGGAAGAAAACAGAAAUGAAAAUUCAGGGAAUUCUUGGAGUAAAAACUUUGGCCCAGGCUGGAUGUCCAGCCGUGGUCGAGGUGGCCGUGGGAAAGGUGCUUACAGAGGUAAUUUUGCCUGUAGUGACCAGAGCGAGAGCAGGUGGCAAAGCCGUACACCCCUCUCAGGGAGUGACUCUUUCAAGUCUGCGGAGCAGCAGCCCUCUAAGCGGAAAAGUGAGCAGGAGAUGUCCUUUGGCACAGCAGCAGACCGAUCAGGAUGGACAUCUGCAUCUAGUUGGGCAGUAAGAAAGACUCUGCCUGCAGAUGUGCAGAACUAUUACUCUCGGCGCGGCAGGAACUCUUCAGGUCCACAGUCUGGGUGGAUGAGACAGGAGGAGGAGACACCUGAGCAGGAUUCUAACUUAAAAGACCAAACAAACCAAGUUGAUGGUUCUCAGCUGCCUGUGAAUAUGAUGCAGCCACACAUGAGUGUAAUGCAGCCUCCAGUGAAUGCCCAGCACCCGCCUAUGGGGAUCUUCCCAUACCCAGUGGGUGUUCCCNCCCCUAUGAUGAAUAUGCAGCGGAACCCAUUCACCAUGCACCCUCCACUGCCCCUGCAUCUCCACACAGGAGUACCUCUCAUGCAGGUAGCUGCCCCUGCAAGUAUACCUCAGGGACCGCCGCCACCACCCCCUCCACCACCAUCCCAGCAGGUCAGCUACAUCGCCUCACAACCAGAUGGGAAACAAGUGCAGGGCCUUCCAAGUGCUUCUCAUGUAAGUAAUAACAUGAAUACACAAGUGUUGCCUGCUCCAUCAGCAGCCCCAGCAAACACGGGAUCAGUUCAGGGACCAAGUUCUGGUAAUACUUCGUCAUCAAGUCACGUCCAAGCCUCUAACGCUGCUGUAAAAUUGGCAGAAAGCAAAGUAAGUGUUACAGUGGAAGCCAGCGCAGAUAGCUCGAGGACAGACAAGAAAUUGCAAAUUCAAGAGAAAGCAGCACAGGAGGUGAAACUGGCUAUUAAGCCAUUUUAUCAGAAUAAAGACAUCACUAAGGAAGAGUACAAAGAGAUCGUGCGGAAGGCAGUGGACAAAGUUUGUCAUAGUAAGAGUGGAGAAGUAAAUUCUACUAAAGUGGCAAAUCUGGUUAAAGCAUAUGUAGACAAGUACAAAUACUCACGGAAGGGAAGCCAGAAGAAAACUCUGGAAGAACCUGUGUCUACAGAAAAAAACCUAGGCUGACCGGAGGAGCACUGCCCAGGACACUGUGGAGAUGUCUGUAGAGUGCACUUCAGCGUGCACCCUUACUGAAUCACACACAACCGUGAUGGAAAUCUGGUUUUGAUAAAAUUAUUUUUUUUAUUGUAGGAUAUGUUUUGUUCAAAAUAUAGCUGUGCACUGCAACUUCUAUAUCUAACCCUAAACUCCAAUAAAACAAAUUCAAGGGAAAACCAAGGGUGUAAUGGAAUGUGCGUUUUUAUCAGGAAUGUGCUCUAAUGUGGAUACUGAAAGAUGUAUAGCUCUUUAGGAGAACAGUGGAAUGCAUAAGCCAGAAACCUGUACAAGUACUGGCUUUGGAAGACAUGCCUUUGUCUAUGUACAAUACAUUUAUUCCGUCAGGCUGAAAAAGUAUGAUCUUUAGGACCUUGCCCCUUCUAACUGUAGAAACUUAAAACAGUGUAUUGCUAUUAAAUAUAUCUGAUAUUAAUAGAACAUGCCAAGUGCAUAUUUGGGAAGCACACAUCUGAGUAAAGGGCUUAGAUGGAAGCAAAUCAUUAUGAGUAAGUAUUAGCCUCCAACCUGCGGGUGCCCCUUGCCUCUUUGUCACCAGGUAGAGGUCAUACUGUGUGUUGCUUGUCACCAGGGAAAGGUCACACUGUGUUGCUUUUGUGCUCUUCUCUCCCGAUCUAGGAAAGAAAAAAUGAGUGGUUUAAUCCNCUACGUUACAACUUUGCCAUUUCAAGGCUCUGUUGAAUUUAGAAGACUAAUGUGGGGAAAAAAAACAAAACAAAACUAUGUUCUUUCAUUAUACCUUCUAUUUAUCAGUGGUAGUAAAUUAUUUGUGCCAACUGGAGAUGUGCUACUAGGUGGUGAGCUUCCUUUCUGGGGACUAGCAUAGAUUACAAGACCUGCUUCCACAGCUCCGGGUUGCUUUUCCUCUGUCAUGGUGUCAUAGUGAAAUUCUUCUCACACUUCACAAGUUCCCUAAUGGUUUACAGUGAAUAAAGUGUUAAUUUGUUGAUUGGUAGCCCUGCUGCAUAAUUCUAGAUAUGAUAACUGUGUCUGACAGAAGAAAAGAAAAUUAAAUAAUGCUAUUUUUGCAUAGUUAUC